UCUCACAUUGUGCACUGCGCAGAGAGAAUUGUUUGUUUGAUUUUGAGUCAUUGGCAAUUAUGGGAAGAACAUACCAGCUGCGUCAUGUACUUGUAAUAUUGGCACUAUCCGUGGGCUGCAUAAACAUGGUGGAUGUGCAACCCGAACCACCUGAAGAAGCUGAGACACCGGGGGCCUUUGAAUCGGACAUGAUAUUGACACCAGAACAGAAAACAGCACUGGAAAACGACAUAGAAGGUCUCCAAACUAGGAAAGCACAUGCUGAUGUAACUAAACGUUGGCCUGGUGCUAUUGUGCCUUACGAAAUAUCAUCUACAAGUCAAGGUGACAAAGAUGUAAUUCUUAGUGCAAUCCAAUAUUGGGAAAGUGUUUCGUGUCUAAGAUUUCCUGCUUAUAGCGCUUCAGCAGGCCACACAUCGAGAAUCCGAUUUGUAAAAAAGAGCGGAUGUUGGUCAUACGUGGGCGUCUCGAAUCCCGGUGGGGCACAAGAAAUAUCAAUUGGAUAUAGGUGCGAAUAUAGGGGAACAAUAGCUCAUGAGAUUGGUCAUGCAAUUGGUUUCUGGCAUGAACAAAGUAGAUCUGAUAGAGACGAUUAUGUAACUAUUCACAGUGAGAAUAUAGAAUCCGGGAAGGAAAAUAAUUUUCGUAAAUACACUUCAGCAACUAUCAACUCUUAUGGUGUGGCUUAUGAUCCGGGCUCUAUUAUGCAUUAUGGAACACACUAUUUCAGCAAAAAUGGUCAACCAACCAUCAGCGCGAAGAACCCUGUCGAUCAAGCUAAGAUUGGUCAGCGUAAUUAUCUGAGUGCCGCUGAUAUUGAACUUGCCAAUAUAAUUUACAAUUGCCCUGCAGGAGGAAACAAAAUUUAUGGUAUUGGAACCGAUAGAAAAAUAUACAGUAGAGACGAUAUUCAGGGAACUUGGUCUGGUCCAGCACCGAACAGCUGCUGUGUGAUUGCAAUGACUGUUCUACGCGAUGGCACUAUCGUAGGUGUUGGUACAUCCAAUCGAUUGUGGACAAAGAGCAGUCUAGAUGCGACUUGGCAAGGUCCUGUAGCAAAUAGUGGUUCAGUAUUGGAUAUAACUGAAAUGCCUGAUGGUACAAUCGUUGGUAUUGGUAUGAACAACCUCUUGUAUACUCGUCCUGGUGUUGAGGGAAAAUGGUCUGGCCCUGUUUCAAAUAGUGGAUCCGUAAAGUCCAUAUCGGUGCUACCACAUGGAAGUAUACUAGGUGUUGGAAUGAAUGGCAAAUUGUAUAAAAGACCUGGUAUACAAGGAGUAUGGACAAAUGUGGAUGAUAAUGGUAUAGUGUCUGAUAUAUCCGUUAACAAAGAUGGUGCAGUAAUUGGCAUUGGAACCACAUGUGGUUUGUGGGAGAGACCUUCUUAUACAUCGUAUUGGCAAGGUGAGAUUGCAAGUAGCCGAUGUGUUACUUCUGUGUCGUUUGUAGAGAAAGAAGAAAAAGUAGAAAAAACAGAGAAAGUAUAUGGUAUUGGGACUGAUAAAAAAAAUCUACACGAGAGAUGGAAUUGAAGGAAAAUGGACGGGUCCAGCACCGAACAGCUGCUGUGUGAUUGCAAUGACUGUUCUACAAGAUGGCACUAUCGUAGGUGUGGGUACAUACAAUCGAUUAUGGACAAAGAGCAGCCUAGAUGCGACUUGGCAAGGUCCUGUAGCAAAUAGUGGUUCAGUAUUGGAUAUAACUGUAAUGCCUGAUGGUACAAUCGUUGGUAUUGGUAUGAACAACCUCUUGUAUACUCGUCCUGGUGUUGAGGGAAAAUGGUCUGGCCCUGUUUCAAAUAGUGGAUCCGUAAAGUCCAUAUCGGUGCUACCAGAUGGAAGUAUACUAGGUGUUGGAAUGAAUGGCAAAUUGUAUAAAAGACCUGGUAUACAAGGAGUAUGGACAAAUGUGGAUGGUAAUGGUAUAGUGUCUGAUAUAUCCGUUAACAAAGAUGGUGCAGUAAUUGGCAUUGGAACCACAUGUGGUUUGUGGGAGAGAUCUUCCUAUACAUCGUAUUGGCAAGGUGAAAUUUCCAAUAGCAGAUGUGUUACUUCUGUGUCGUUCGGCAUCUAAAUACGAAAUAAACAUAAUUGCCGCUAAUGGUAUAUUAGACACCGAUUUAGAUAUUUCUGAAAGACAAAGUUAUCAGAAUAUAUGCUAAUGAAUAAUAAUUCUUUUUAGUCACUUAUUUGUAUGAAUUAUAAUGCAUGAUUAAUUGAAAAGGUAAUAAAGUGAAGCAAAUUGAUCUCAGUUCAUU